AUGAGUAAAAAUGUCACAAAUGUUUAUCGACGACUGUACGAAAAGUCUGAAGACUCAAAGAACUCCAUUGAAAUAUGUGAGAAAAAAGUUGAGAUCGCUCAAUCCUCAAAAGCUUUUUCACAACAGAAUCCUUCCAUAAUAUUAGACGGAACGAAAAUCGAAACAUUACAGGAGCGGAUGCAAGAAAUUCGACAGUCUACAAUGGAUGAUUUAAAUAAUAGAUUAAAUGAUAUGAUGUCAGAAGUAAUGCAACGAUUACGAGUAAACACAACACAAAACGGUUAUCACAAAGAACCUUUAGAUCACAGUAAAAGAAGACAAAAUGGCAAACUUACAGAUAAGCAAUUUCUUCCAAGAAAAUCCUUUCUUACCGACCUUUUUGAAAUUAAUCACAUACGAACUAUUUACAAUAUCUUUAUAGUAAUGUUGCUUAUUCUUUUCUUGAAUACAGCGGUACAUGAUUUUAUAGAAACAGGCACGACACAUUUGGGUAUAAGAACUGUAACACUCGGUUUUGGAAAAUUUUCAAGUACCAUUCAAAUUUGGAUUGCCAUGUUACUUUCAACUUUUGCCACUUAUUUAGCGUUUUCGGUGUGGGUCCACAAACAUUACCAAUGUUUUCCAAACUCUUUUUUUAUGUUAGUUUUGGACUAUGGAUUUCUAUUAGCUUACAUCUUUCAUCAAAUCGCUUUCAUAGCUUUACCUACAAAAUUUUUAGUCCAAGAAAAGCUUCCUCCAGCAUCUAGUCUAAUAAUUCUUACAGAACAAGUUCGCAUGCUUAUGAAAACACAUGCAUUCGUGCGUAGUACGGCUCCACGAAUAUUAGCACAAAAAUUAAAGAACGAUGAUAAAACAGAAUCAAACUGUCCAGGAUUUUCCAAGUUUCUAUAUUUCAUGUUUGCACCAACUUUAGUUUAUAGAGAUGAAUAUCCGAGAACUUUAGCUAUAAGGUGGAAAAUAGUAUUAUGGAACUUUGCAGAGGUUGUGAUGGUGGUGUUUUAUGCAGCAUUUAUUUUCGAACGUUUUCUUAUACCACCAUUUGAAAAAUUUAAUCCGCGUAUUUUUGAGCCUCAAGCGGUUAUUCUUACAAUUUUUAGUAUAACGCUUCCUGGUCUUAUAAUGUUCUUGUUUGGAUUUUAUUGCAUAUUACAUUCCUGGCAAAACGGAAUGGCCGAACUAUUGAAAUUUGCCGAUAAAUUAUUUUAUAGGGAUUGGUGGAAUUGUACAUCUUAUGAUGCUUUCUAUAGAACUUGGAAUAUAAUUGUACAUGAUUGGCUGUAUACUUACAUUUAUAAGGAUGUGUACGAAAAAUUUCACAGUAAAUUCCUCGCUACGUUAACUGUUUUUUUAGUGUCAGCGGCUUUUCACGAAUAUAUUCUUGCUUUUGCUUUUCGAUUUUUUUAUCCUGUAAUGAUGCUUAUGUUUGGUGGUUUUGGAUUACUUUUGGUUUUUAUAACAAAAAAACAUUCAAAAAUUGAUGGAAAUAUUUUUAUAUGGUUUUCACUUUUUAUGGGAAACGGUAUUAUUUUUACAUUAUAUUUAAUGGAAUAUCAUGCUAGAUCGAAUUGUCCACCUUACGACGAUCAGCUUUUUGAUCUUCUUAUGCCCAGAAGUUGGAUUUGUCAUAAUAUUCUUUCUAACGUUUCAGUUGAUGUUAAGAGCUGAUAAAAAUAGUAAAUAAUAUUUGUCUGAGUAUAAUAACUUGAAUAUGAUACAUAUAAUCUGUCUUUACCAAUUUUAUAAAGAAAAAUUUAACAUU